UCUAGUUCAAUUCACUUGUUUUCAAAGUUAUCUAGAAAAUGUCUGGUCGUGGCAAAGGUGGAAAAGCUAAGGGAAAGGCGAAGUCUCGUUCCAGUCGGGCUGGACUCCAAUUUCCUGUUGGUCGUAUUCAUAGACUUUUAAGGAAAGGAAAUUAUGCUGAACGUGUUGGUGCAGGAGCACCAGUAUAUUUGGCUGCAGUUAUGGAAUAUCUAGCAGCUGAAGUAUUGGAAUUAGCUGGUAACGCUGCUCGUGACAACAAGAAGACCAGAAUUAUCCCUCGUCAUCUUCAACUGGCCAUACGUAAUGACGAAGAACUGAAUAAAUUACUGUCUGGCGUUACUAUCGCUCAGGGUGGUGUAUUACCGAACAUUCAAGCAGUCUUAUUGCCAAAAAAAACAGACAAGAAGGCGUAACUCUACAAAGGAUUCCAGCAUACAAAUGGCCCUUUUCAGGGCCACAAAAUAUUUUAACACGCAGGAAUCUCUAACUAUUCAUCCAUUUUCUCUUUUAUUUUACAAUCUAUGAACUUAAGUAGUAUCUUACUAUUUUAACUAAUAAAAUAUCUAAGUACUCAAACUAUUUGAGAUUAGAUGAAAGUUAAGAAGUAAAGCUACACUAUUCAGAAAGUUCAACAUUCCAAACAUCUGGCCCAGUUGUUUGGAGCAGAUGUUUUACUUGAAACGAGUCCCCAUAGUCUGCGCGCUUGCGCUGUUACGAGAGAGUAAAUCCAACAGCGAAAGACAAAGGUAGUCCCGGUGGCGGUGACCCUCUCACUCGCACAUCACGGUGGUUGGCGAAAGCGUCUAGCAGGCAAAGAGGAUGGGGCCUUGCAUGUAUAUGAUGCUCUCUACUAAUUCCCAUGACAGUAAACAAGCCACUAUCCCGCAGCCAGAGUUACGAUCUAUGUAUGUGUUCGGCUUUCAGGCGGAGAAUUGCGGUAUUUCAAAGAGAUCUUCGAGCUCUGUUCUUAUUAGCAAAAUUUCUGGGCUGAGAGAAAAAAGCAUUUGUAUGCUUUGCUGUAUGUAUUUAACUUUGCUUUAAUGCAUUGUAUUUGGAAGUUGUAAGUGCAUCAGACAGCAACAGGUUUCUAAAAUCUACAGUAAUAAUGUUUGGGAAGUUCCUACUUUGAUAGUCUCUGAACGAGAAUUCAAAUGUUAAUUGUUAUUAUUGAAGUGGCUAUAGCAAAAAUGGAGAGCUUUUUAAAAAAGCAAAGAGUAUCAAGAAGAAAUUGUCAUUGUUGUGUGUUUUCCAUUUUACAUUUUAGUGUAUAUUAUAUUCUCUAUAAGUGCAGUAAUUAUAUAAAUUAGUAUAAAUAUAAAUUGUAAAAUAUUAUACUUCAUUCGGGUAAGUUAUUCGACUUUUUUUCUUAGCUUAUUGGUCUCCUGCACGUUUCCAACGUUUUGACGAUUAAUUUGGGGCACCCUGUGUAUAAUAUCAAUGUUAACUUAAUAUUCAUCGUUACUCGGGUUACUGUUCGCUCUCAUCCACCCCCUCUCUCUAACAGAUUUACAACAGUAUAAAAAUAAUACCAGCCGUAUUAUGCCGUCAAGGUGGCAAUCUUGACCACGACUGUUGUUCUCAUUCUCUUUUUUCAAUUUCAACUAUUUUUAUGGAAUCCAUAGUCUAUAUAUAUUAAGUAACUGGCCCGAACAUCUGGAUUUCUUUACUUGCU